GGCAACUUGCGAACCAGUGCGCAACGCAGCCGAAAGACGAAGAGUAAACCUAGCACGCCAGUAAGAGUCGAGAGUCCGUCGCGGUAACACCCACCUUGUUCGGUAGUCGUUCUCACUCUCACGAUAUCUCACGACGAUAAAGAAAUUUACUUGAUGGUGAUAAAGCAGCUCUCCCUUGGAUAAUUCAGUGAUGUGGUGCGCUUUCUUGCUCAUAUUAUUUCCAUCAAACAUUUAUGCUAUCGGAGGCACUUGUCCUUCUCCAUGUACGUGCAAGUGGAAAGGUGGAAAACAAACAGUGGAGUGCAUGGAACGUGGACUCAUUACCAUUCCUGAGAGCAUAGACACAGAAACCCAAGUUUUGGAUCUAUCUGGAAACAACCUUCAGAUACUCCCACGAGAAACAUUCAUUAGAUCAGGCCUAGCAAACCUUCAGCGGGUUUACCUCCGUAGUUGCCGUAUCGGACAAAUCGAUGAUGUUGCUUUCAGAGGACUCACUAACUUGAUUGAACUAGAUCUCUCUCAUAACUUGUUAACCUCCGUUCCUUCUGACACUUUCAAGGAUAUACCAUUCCUUAGGGAUUUUAUAUUAUCUAACAACCCUAUACAAAAAAUCGAAUCGUUCGCAUUCCAAGCUAUACACGGUCUAGUAAAGCUUGACUUGUCGAAUUGUGAAAUACAAAACAUCGCUCCCAAAGCCUUUGAGGGUAUAGAAAUGUUGGAAUCGUUGAAACUGAACGGAAAUCGGCUUUCAGAAUUGAGACUCCGCACUGUAGAAACUUUGAGCCGAUUACAUGGAGUCGAACUUCAUGACAAUCCCUGGCAUUGUGACUGCCGUCUGCGCUCGGUCAAAGAAUGGCUCGUAACAAAUAAUAUUCCCUAUCCAGAAAAUCCAACAUGCAGCGGUGGACCAGAACGAGUAAUUCACAAAACUUUCACAGAGAUUCAUAUCGACGAUUUUGCCUGUAAACCAGAAAUGCUGCCAGUAAGUCGAUACAUCGAGGCUGUUACAGGGGAAAACGCGACCAUUUCUUGCAGGGCCAAUGCUAUACCUUCGGCACAUGUGAAGUGGUAUUGGAACGGACGCCCACUAGUGAAUAAUUCAGUCUUCUCUACUCACCAAAUGAUUUACGUCUACGAAGAAGGGCGGCAAGAAAAGAGGAGCAAUUUAGUGCUCACGAAUGUUCAAGAAGUCGACACUGGGGAAUUUUAUUGUGUCGCUGAAAACCGCGCAGGAAGUUCCGAAGCGAAUUUCACACUUCGAGUUUCCCUGAAGCCAAUGGGGAUAACUUCCUUAGGGAAUGGCCAGAUAGCCGGUCUCAGUGCGGCACUAGUAUUCCUCAUUCUGUUCAUCCUCAUCGUUAUUUCGAUACUUCUAGCCAGACUGAGACGGAUGCCGUUUACCGAUAGCAAGACUCCUGGCCAAAUUGAGAUAGUAACUGUUGUGAAUGGAACCAUACCUACCAGCAAAACUGGAUCUUCUUCAUUAACACCUCAUGAUGAAACAACUUCUUUCUCUGAAUGUAAGCCACCCUCUGACCUCAAUUUCUGUAACCCAGUCCAGAAGCCACCACGUCUCAGUGAGAUUCCCUAUUCCACUGUUCAUUAUAAUGGUAAUGGCAGCGUUAUGUCGAGUUCCUGUUUCGUAUCACCAUCUUCGACAUCAGGAAAUAAUCCUGAUCUGAUAAACGACACGAAAGUAUCAGAUGGAGGAGAAAUUAUUGCUCUGCCCACUAGCAAUGAUCUAUUAGAUAGGCCAGUCAGUGGGGAAUAUAGCAGGAACAUAGACUCCUUAUAUCCAUCUGGGUUGUGGGAGAACGACAACUCACGAAUGGUUUCAAAUACUGGAUAUCACUACAAUGAUAAAACCCCUAUCAUUGGAGAUGGAACGAGUACUGGAGGGUCAGCAGAAGAACUGAGCUUCAGACUUGCACAAGGGACUAACAGAUUGGUGGGAUACCCUCCUGAUUAUGGUCUUCCUAUCUCCGAAACAAAACUGGAGAACAGUUCAACUCCUGCUGCUCAAGUCAGCCUACCAGCCAACACGAAAACUCUCAGGGUGUGGCAGAAAGGUGUCGUGCCUGUUCUUCCUCCAGUUACUGCUCUCAAGAGAGCUCUGAGCAAUAGCAGAAACUCUCCUGACGAAGGAUAUCAAGAAGGUUGUGGAACCGACGUGUAAAAAACUUCAAGUUCACCUGAUACCAAAGACUUAAUAUGUUCCUAAUGUUGAAGAAAUAUUUCGAAGGACUGUCCGAGUUGCUCAAACUUAGCGACUUCCUCAGUGCUGUGAAGUUUUG